AUGGCCUUGUUGGGGAAGCGCUGCGACAUUCCCGCCAACAGCUGCGGGCCUGACCGCUGGAGCUCCGCCUUCACCCGCAAAGACGAGAUCAUCACCAGCCUCGUGUCUGCGUUAGAUUCCAUGUGCUCGGCGCUCUCCAAGCUGAAUGCAGAGGUGGCCUGUGUUGCUGUCCAUGAUGAGAGCGCCUUCGUGGUGGGCACCGAGAAGGGGAGAAUGUUCCUGAAUGCACGGAACGAGCUGCAGUCAGAUUUCCUCAGGUUCUGCCGAGGGGCCCCCUGGAAGGAGCCAGAGACAGAGCAUCCCAAGAAGGUGUCGCGGGGCGAGGGUGGCGGCCGGAACAUCCCUCGGUCUUCCCUGGAGCAUGGCUCGGACGUGUACCUUCUACGGAAGAUGGUAGAGGAGGUGUUUGAUGUUCUUUAUAGCGAGGCCCUGGGAAGGGCCAGCGUGGUGCCCCUGCCCUACGAGAGGCUGCUCAGGGAGCCGGGGCUGCUGGCCGUGCAGGGGCUGCCCGAGGGCCUGGCCUUCCGGAGGCCGGCCGACUAUGACCCCAAGGCCCUCAUGGCCAUCCUGGAGCAUAGCCACCGGAUCCGCUUCAAGCUCAAGAGGCCGCUUGAGGAUGGCGGGCGGGACUCGAAGGCCCUAGUGGAGCUGAACGGUGUCUCCCUGAUAGCCAAGGGGUCUCGGGACUGCGGCCUGCACGGCCAGGCCCCCAAGGGGCCACCCCAGGACCUACCCCCCACCGGCACCUCGUCCGCUGUGGCCAGCUUUCUGUACAGCACCUCACUCCCUAACCACACCACGAGAGAGCUCAAGCAGGAGGCCCCCGCCUGCCCACUUGCCCCCAGCGACCUGGGCCUUGGCCGGCCCGGGCCUGAGCCCAAGGCCUCUGGGGCCCAAGACUUCCCCGAGUGCUGUGGACAGAAGCCCCCCGGGUCCGGUGGUCCUCUCAUCCAGAACGUCCACGCCUCAAAGCGCAUCCUCUUCUCCAUUGUCCAUGACAAGUCAGAGAAGUGGGACGCCUUCAUAAAGGAAACCGAGGACAUCAACACGCUCCGGGAGUGCGUGCAGAUCCUGUUUAACAGCAGAUAUGCGGAAGCCCUGGGCCUGGACCACAUGGUCCCCGUCCCCUACAGGAAGAUUGCCUGCGACCCAGAGGCUGUGGAGAUUGUGGGCAUCCCAGACAAGAUCCCCUUCAAGCGCCCCUGCACCUACGGGGUCCCCAAGCUGAAGCGGAUCCUGGAGGAGCGACACAGCAUCCACUUCAUCAUUAAGAGGAUGUUUGAUGAGCGAAUUUUCACAGGGAACAAGUUUACCAAAGACCCCACGAAGCUGGAGCCAGCCAGCCCGCCAGAGGAUACUUCUACAGAGAUCUCCCGUGCGUCUGUCCUCGACCUGCCCGGGACUGCUCGGUCAGACAAGAAUGGUGUCUCUGAAGACUGUGGGCCAGGAACUUCUGGGGAGCUGAGUGGGCUGAGGCCCAUUAAAAUUGAGCCAGAGGAUCUAGAUAUUAUUCAGGUCACCGUCCCAGACCCUUCACCCACCUCUGAGGAGAUGACAGACUCAAUGCCUGGGCAUCUGCCCUCAGAAGAUUCUGGUUACGGGAUGGAGAUGCUGACUGAGAAAGGCCCCAGCGAGGACCCACGGCCCGAGGAGAGGCCCGUAGAGGACAGCCACGGUGACGUGAUCCGGCCCCUGCGGAAGCAGGUCGAGCUUCUCUUCAACACGCGAUACGCCAAGGCCAUUGGCAUCUCGGAGCCCGUCAAGGUGCCCUACUCCAAGUUCCUGAUGUACCCAGAGGAGCUGUUUGUGGUGGGGCUGCCUGAAGGCAUCUCCCUCCGCAGGCCCAACUGCUUCGGGAUCGCCAAGCUCCGGAAGAUCCUGGAGGCCAGCAACAGCAUCCAGUUUGUCAUCAAGAGGCCCGAGCUGCUCACCGAGGGAGUCAAAGAGCCCAUCACGGACAGCCAAGCUGGCUGCUCACCCUGGCUUCUCUCCCCCCCUCCCCCGCCCCCAGAGAGGGAUUCCGGGGACCCUCUUGUGGACGAGAGCCUGAAGAGACAGGGUUUCCAAGAAAAUUAUGACGCUAGACUCUCGCGCAUUGACAUCGCCAACACGCUGAGAGAGCAAGUCCAGGAUCUGUUCAAUAAGAAAUACGGAGAAGCCCUGGGCAUCAAGUACCCCGUCCAGGUCCCCUACAAGCGGAUCAAGAGUAACCCCGGCUCGGUGAUCAUUGAGGGGCUCCCCCCAGGAAUCCCGUUUCGAAAGCCCUGCACCUUUGGCUCCCAGAACCUGGAGAGGAUCCUCGCAGUGGCUGACAAGAUCAAGUUCACAGUCACCAGGCCUUUUCAAGGACUCAUCCCAAAGCCUGAUGAAGAUGACGCCAACAGACUAGGGGAGAAGGUGAUCCUCCGCGAGCAGGUGAAGGAGCUCUUCAAUGAGAAAUACGGCGAGGCCCUGGGCCUGAACAGGCCUGUGCUGGUCCCGUACAAACUGAUCCGGGACAGCCCAGACGCCGUCGAGGUCACGGGCCUGCCCGACGACAUCCCUUUCCGGAACCCCAACACGUAUGACAUCCACCGGCUGGAGAAGAUCCUGAAGGCCCGAGAGCACGUGCGCAUGGUCAUCAUCAACCAGCUCCAACCUUUUGCAGAAAUCUGCAAUGACGCCAAGGUGCCAGCCAAAGACAGCGGCAUUCCCAAGCGCAAGAGAAAGCGGGUCUCCGAAGGGAACUCCUUCUCCUCCUCCUCCUCGUCUUCCUCCUCCUCAUCCUCUAACCCGGAGUCCGUGGCGUCCACUAACCAGAUCUCACUCGUGCAAUGGCCAAUGUACAUGGUGGACUAUGCCGGCCUGAACGUGCAGCUCCCGGGACCUCUGAAUUACUAGACCUCAGUGCUGAAUCAGGACCUCACUCAGAAAGACUAAAGGAAAUGUAAUUUAUGUACAAAGUGUAUAUUCGGAUAUGUAUCGAUGCCUUUUAGUUUUUCCAAUGAUUUUUACACUAUA